AUGCCUAGGAAGCUGCAGGAGCUCAUAGAAAGGAUUAAUGAAUCAGGCGACGAUAAAAUCACCUGUGUUAUUGCUGACGAGAGUAUAGGAUGGGCAUUAGAAGUUGCAGCGAAGAUGGGAAUCAGGCGAGCAGUGUUCUGGCCUGCAGCAGCUGCUAUGUUGGCCUUGGGACUCGGUGCUCGAAACCUGAUUAAUGAUGGAAUCAUAAACAACAAUGGAACUCCCAUGAAGAACCAGAUGAUACAGUUGUCACCAAGCAUGCCCUCCGUGAACACUGCAAAUUUAGCUUGGGCCUGCAUCGGCGACUUGACCACACAAAAAAUAAUUUUUGAAACUGUGGAAAAAAAUAAUGAAUCAAUAAAAGUGGUAGACUGGGUAAUAUGCAACUCAAAUUAUGAUUUUGAGUCUGCAACGUUUACUUUAUUUCCAAGCAUCUUACCUAUAGGCCCAUUAUUGGCCAACAAACGGCUUGGAAAAUCGACUGGCUACUUCUGGCAAGAAGACUGUACUUGCCUGAGAUGGCUCGAUCAACAACCAUCCCAUUCAGUAAUCUAUGUUGCAUUUGGAAGCUUCACAGUUUUUGACCAGAACCAAUUUCACGAAUUGGCUCUAGGGCUUGAACUCACCAACAGACCAUUUCUGUGGGUUGUGCGGCCAGAUAUGACUGAGGAGGCAACCGACGCAUACCCAAAAGGAUUCAUAGAAAGAGUAGGUGUUAGAGGACGAAUGGUGGGUUGGGCACCUCAACAAAACGUCUUAGAACUUCCUUCUAUCGCUUGCUUCUUAAGCCAUUGUGGAUGGAACCCUACCAUGGUGGGUGUAAGCAACGGAGUCCCUUUACUGUGUUGGCCUUACUAUGCGGACCAGUUUCUUAGCCAGAGCUAUAUUUGUGAUGUUUGGAAGGUCGGACUAGGGUUUAAUCAGGAUGAAAAAGGUAUCAUCAAUCAUGAAGAGAUUAAGAGUAAAGUGGAGCAACUCAUUGGUGAUAAAACAUUCAAAGCAAGGGCCUUGGAUCUUAAAGAAAAGGCUAUGAAUGGAGUCAAAGAAGGUGGUCAUUCGCAAAAAAAAAUCAGCAAUUUUAUCGAAUGGAUGAAGGAAAGGAAAAGUGAAUAG